AUGGAACAUCCUCCUAAAACUUUGGAAGAAGAUGUAUUACCAUCCCCAACUACCACCGAAUUAGAAGAGUUGGACGAUCCUAUUGUUAAACUACAACCUUCAAAAAUGGAAGAUUACUUUUUUCCCGUACAUAAGCUUAAAACUCGUCUUGAGGAUGAUAAAAAAGAACCCGUAGUUAUUGUCGCAUGUGGUUCCUUUUCGCCAAUAACAUACUUACAUUUACAAAUGGCUAAGGAUUAUAUAUUAGAUACAAAUUUUGAAAUCAUGGGUGGUUAUUAUUCUCCGGUAUCCGAUGAUUAUACCAAGGAAGGACUUGCACCUUCUCAUCAUAGGGUUCGAAUGUGUGAACUUGCGGUGGAGAGAACUUCUCAAUGGUUAAUGGUCGAUGCUUGGGAAAGUUUAAAAGAAGAAUACACCAGAACUGCUAUAGUCAUGGAUCAUUUUAACAAAGAAUUGAACGAUAAUCGUGGAGGUGUUAUGACUUCUGAUGGCAAAAAACGAAAGAUUAAGGUUAUACUUUUAGCUGGUGGGGAUUUAAUCGAAUCGUUCAAAAUUCCAAGGCUUUGGUUGGAUGAUGACCUUCAUCACAUUUUAGGCGAUUACGGUGUCCUUAUAGUGGAAAGAACUGGUGCAGACGUUUUUGGAUUUCUACUGUCUCAUGAUAUACUUUAUCAGCAUAGGAAAAAUGUCUAUGUGAUUAAACAACUUAUAUAUAAUGAUAUAAGUUCAACCAAAGUUCGCUUAUUCAUUAAACGUGGAAUGUCUGUAAAAUACUUACUUCCUAAUUCGGUAAUCAAGUAUAUUCAUGAAAAUAAUUUAUACACUACGUAA